CUUCUUCUUCCCCCUCUCGCUCUUUCUUCACUUCUUUUUCUUUCCUAACAGGGAAAAGUGUUCGGGAAGCGGUUAGCGUCUUCCCGCCUGGCCCUGUCCUCCCCGACCCUGGUCCCCCGCUCCCGUCCGGGCGCGAGCUGCCCCUCGGCGCCGGGGUGGGGGGCGGCGGGGGGCGCGGGGACCGGGCGCGGGGACAGCUCCCGCGCCGGCACAUGGCUGCGGCCGCCCCGCGCGCACCCCGAGGCGCCGCGCCCGCCUCGCCCAAGGUCCGUCGGCUGCGCCCGGACGGCCCGAAGCCCAGCAGCGGCUGAGCGGGGGAGCGCCCGCGCCCGGGGCGUCGGGAUGAGCCUCCUCCCCCUCCUCCUCUGGCUAGUGUCCUUCCAUGUUGGAACCUUGGGGACCCACACUGAGAUCAAGAGAGUGGCAGAGGAACGGGUCACCUUGCCCUGUCACCAUCAACUGGGGCUUCCAGAAAAAGACACGCUGGAUAUUGAAUGGCUGCUCACAGAUAAUGAAGGGAACCAAAAAGUGGUGAUCACUUACUCCAGCCGUCACGUCUACAGUAACUUGACUGAAGAACAGAAGGGCAGAGUGGCCUUCGCUUCCAAUUUCCUGGCUGGAGAUGCCUCCUUACAGAUUGAGCCUCUGAAGCCCAGUGACGAGGGCCGGUACACCUGCAAGGUGAAGAAUUCAGGGCGCUAUGUGUGGAGUCAUGUCAUCUUAAAAGUCUUAGUGAGACCAUCGAAGCCCAAGUGUGAGCUGGAAGGAGAGCUGACAGAAGGAAGUGACGUGACUCUGCAGUGUGAGUCAGCCUCUGGCACAAAACCCAUCGUGUAUUACUGGCAGCGAAUCAGGGAGAAGGAGGGAGAGGAUGAGCGCCUCCCUGCCAGGUCCAGGAUUGACUACAAUAACCCUGGACGCGUUCUGCUGCAGAAUCUCACCAUGUCCUCCUCUGGGCUCUAUCAGUGCACAGCAGGCAAUGAGGCCGGGAAAGAAAGCUGUGUGGUGCGAGUGACCGUACAGUAUGUACAAAGCAUCGGCAUGAUUGCAGGAGCGGUGACAGGCAUGGUGGCUGGAGCCCUGCUGAUUUUCCUCCUGGUAUGGCUGCUGAUCCGAAGGAAAGACAAAGAGAGAUAUGAGGAAGAAGAGAGACCUAAUGAAAUUCGGGAAGAUGCGGAAGCCCCCAAAGCCCGCCUGGUGAAACCCAGCUCCUCUUCCUCAGGCUCUCGGAGCUCACGCUCUGGCUCUUCCUCCACUCGCUCCACAGCAAAUAGUGCCUCACGCAGCCAGCGGACACUGUCGACUGAAGCAGCACCCCAGCCGGGGCUGGCCACCCAUGCAUACAGCCUGGUGGGGCCAGUGGGGAGAGGUUCUGAACCAAAGAAAGUUCACCAUGCUACCUUGACCAAAGGAACCUCACCCAGCGUGAUCCCCAGCCAGAGCAGAGCCUUCCAAACCGUCUUGACUCCCAUGCUUUCCUUGGAGUCAGGAUCUUAAGACUCGUCUAGUCAUUGAAGCUCAGUCACCAGCCACACAACCCCCUCGAACCAGAUGACUGGUCAUUUAAGUAGCGGUGGUGUUGCAUGGAACAGAUUGAAAUGAGCGCUUUAUUUCUAAAACACACCGAAGGAGAAAAGGGAUAUAAACUGAUCAUCUCCAAAUAGGCAUCUCAUGGUGCCUUGAGACCAGAGUGGGGAAAAGCAGGGGUCCAAGUCUGUGUGUUUGUUGGCCAGGACCUGGGGUAGAAAAGGUUGGGGAAAGGGGAACUGAAUACACUUAAAACUUCUCACCGUAAAUGUUUUGUAUCAAUACUUUGAUUCACCAUAGUCAAGGAGAAAGGAGAUGUUGUUCAUAAAUUUUCUAUGCAUUUCUGCAAACCUACUGGAUUAUUGUGAUUAUUCAGAGUCAAGUGGAACCCACAGCCUUAUAUUACACCUAGCUGCACCAUGUACUGGGCAUAUCACUUCUGAGAAAUUUCAAAAAAGGAAGUAACAUUUCUUCUGAUCUGAUUUCAUUUACCAUAAGGUUUGGAUGUUAAUUUCGUAAGGAGCUGAACUCACGGGAGAUGCAGAAUGAUUUGAGUUUCUCCCACUCUAUCCACUACUAAUUUCCCUACUUACAGUGAACUGUAGGAGAACUAAGACAGGAAUUCAAAACGUGUGACAAGGGACUACGAAACACUUUCCAUCUUAAUCAUGUUCAGAGUGUCACUGACAGAUAUCAGAAAUACAUACUGGAACAAUUGUGGACUUUCCCUCAAACCUGAGGUCUCUAAGGACUUUCUUGCUUGGUAGCUCUGGAGCAAGAAAACAUUCACUGUGUGUCAUUUGACAAUGUUCUUAGAAGGGUUCUGGAGCAAAAGAGCUCUCUCAGAGAUGCUGAAAGAUCAUCUGACAUAUCACUGCAUUCUCUUCUGAGAACAUAUGAAAUCAGAAUUUCAAGACUGCCUAGACUAGAAAGGGAGCUUAGAUCGGGCUUCUCUUACUGUGUUGUAACAUGUCAAGAAGGGGUAUAAAGAAGUUUACUAUUACACCAGAUUUGGAGCUCCCUGGGACUUUUGAUAAUUCUAGGCCUUAAAUUAUCAAAAAGAUCAAGGAUUACCAACGUUCCCUAAUGGCACUGCAAGUACAUCAUCACCAUUCCCUCCUGAGAGGCUGACACAGAGAGAAAUUCAGUCAUUUCCCAGCUUAGCCUCUGAGAAAGUCCAGGUGUGGGCUGGAAGGAAAGGGAAUUAUAUUUAAGGAAGAGAUGGUGAGGAUAACUAGUGGGUGGCAGGACAGGGGUAGCUAACAUCUGAACUGUUACCAUCUUGGAAACAAUGAACAGAAAUGAUUCACCAGGGUAACCAUCAGAAGAGUUGAUUCGUGGAAAAAAGGUGUGUGAGAAAUAAAAAGGAACUGGCAGCCUCCAAUACAAGAACUUGCCUUUUUAAUCCCUUUGACUAUUCUAGUAGUCAAAACAGACGAACUAUUCUGUCAGUCUCAUCGUGUGGCAAGAAUGGCAGGCCUGAGAUAGCUCUGCAAGGACCCCAGCGCAAUAGUCAACAGAGCACCAUUGGUAUUGCAAAAGAUUUAUUAAAAGGGCAGCAAGUUGCAGGAAAGAAAGAGUCAUGCUGAAUUUGGAGACGACAGCAUGAUUCUAAAAUGAGAGUCAGAUGCUUAAAGAGAAAAGGGGGAUCUGAGAUUUUGCCCCAUUUAUCUGGUCUUUCACGUCUAUGUUUCUCAAAAUAGAACCCUCAGAUAAUGCAAAUGCAUUUCCUUCUAAGAUUCUUUAAGAAACAGAGGUUGAUCCCAGGGUGAAAAUGGUAAUCUGAGUUUUAUCUCCCUCUUAACAAAAGGUGGGAGAUAAGAGACACUGAGGAACUAAUGUGAAGAAUGUCUAUUAAUUUAAGAAGGCUGGCACAUUUGGAAUGCUUCUCAUACUAACACCGCCUCAUUGUAAGAUAUUAACUCUGUUCCUUAUUCUACUUUUUUAUUUUUCUGGUAGUGUGGUAACAUAUCACUUCUGCUAUGUGAUUCCGAGAAUUCUCAAUCCUAGAGUACCUGAGCCAAACAAGUACACUACAGACGCUGUAGCUGUACCAUCGCAAGCAAUUUGCUCUUAUUAUUUCUACCUUUGAACCUAAGGUUUCCUGCCUAUGCCUUUGAAAGCAGGAAAUCAGUCCCCUUUGCAUGAUGUGGAGAUUUAGAUUAUUUAAACGUUAGUUAUUAAAAGAUCAACACCAGUUGAAUAUCCAGAUUAUUUUGGAAAUCUAUUCACAGUGGAAGUUUAAAAAAAAAGAAAUCACAAACAAGUAACUACCUAAAAUCUGAGAAAUUCUAAGGAACUGAAAAUUCUGAGAUAAGAUGUUCAAGUUUUAGCAAUGAUAGUGUACUUCUCGGGGAGCCAGGCUUUUGGGUUCAGAUAUGGCAAAUUCUGGGCUUAAGAUAAAGUUUUGAGACACUACUUGUUUCAAACAAUAUUCCAUUAACAUUGCAAGUCAAAUACAUUUGAUCCUUCAGUAGGAAACAAACAGAAUGGUAUAAUAACUGAAAGGUAGAAGGAAAAAUUGUUUGUGGAAGAAGAUACUGAUGGAAUGAUGUGAAUAUUUAGAGAAUAACCAUUGCAAUAAAAUAUAUAAACCAAACUUAAAUUUGGAAAAUAACGAAGUUGAUGCCCUUGCUGUUACACUGUGUAAAAAUACAUUCCGAAUUGCUCUUGCAAAAAGAUAAAGAAUUUUGCUUCA